CCAACUCCGUUUCUUAUUCUUCCAAGUCUUUUCCUAUAAAUACGUUCUUCUUCCCCUCUUAUUUCAUAUCACUCACCACAAAGUCUUCUCAUUUCCUCAUCUUCUUGUUGAAAGUAAUGGCAAGACUCACGAGCUUUCUCCUUCUUCUUUCUCUCAUCUGCUUUGUCCCUCUCUGUCUCUGCGACAAGAGCUAUGGAGGCAAACUUUUCCCGGGUUAUUACGCCCAUUCAUGCCCACAAGUCAAUGAGAUCGUGAGAUCAGUUGUAGCUAAAGCUGUUGCUAGAGAGACACGUAUGGCUGCUUCCUUGUUGAGACUUCAUUUCCACGACUGUUUCGUUCAGGGUUGUGAUGGCUCUUUGCUUCUAGACAGCAGUGGAAGGGUAGCGACUGAGAAAAACUCAAACCCUAACAGCAAAUCAGCUCGUGGGUUUGACGUAGUUGACCAAAUCAAAGCUGAACUGGAGAAACAAUGCCCUGGAACUGUUUCUUGCGCUGAUGUUCUUACCCUAGCCGCUAGAGACUCCUCUGUUCUUACCGGUGGACCAAGUUGGGUUGUUCCAUUGGGAAGAAGAGAUUCAAGAAGUGCAAGCUUGAGUCAAUCGAACAACAACAUCCCUGCACCAAACAACACUUUCCAGACCAUUCUAUCUAAGUUUAACCGUCAAGGACUUGAUAUCACUGACCUUGUCGCUCUCUCCGGUAGUCACACAAUCGGAUUCUCGAGAUGCACGAGUUUCAGACAGAGGUUGUACAACCAGUCCGGAAACGGCAGUCCAGACAUGACAUUGGAACAAUCCUUCGCUGCUAACUUGCGCCAACGGUGUCCAAAAUCCGGUGGGGACCAGAUUCUCUCGGUGCUAGACAUCAUCAGCGCCGCGAGCUUCGACAACAGCUACUUCAAGAACUUGAUAGAGAACAAGGGGUUGUUGAACUCGGACCAAGUUCUGUUCAGCAGUAACGAGAAAUCGAGAGAGCUUGUGAAGAAGUAUGCAGAAGAUCAAGGAGAGUUUUUUGAGCAAUUUGCGGAAUCGAUGAUCAAGAUGGGAAAUAUCUCUCCCUUGACAGGUUCUAGUGGCGAAAUCAGGAAGAAUUGCAGGAAGAUUAACUCUUGAUUGAAACAAGAAAACUCUUCUUAUAUCUUGUGGAACAAAUGUGAGACAUUUACUUUUACUUUGGAGUGUGUUUUGUUUGUUUUUUUCAAUUCUGUCAUUUGGAAGUUUUAUUUCGUGUUAUUUGCGUUGUGUUAAGACAUAAGUUUGAAAUUUAUAAAACUUGUACGAGGAAAUAUUUUGAAAUUAUAAACUUUAAACUAUUAUUGGGCCUAACCGAACCUAAUAAUUUAUGAAUUCAGAAAACACUAAAUCUUAAAACUGAU